AUGAAGUUGAAUAAAAGUGAAGUGCUUUAAUCAAAUAAUUCAAAGGAAAAUGUAAUUUUAUGAAGUUUUUUAAGAUAGUAUUGUAUCAUGAUGGAUCGAAUUACUAUUAAGAUGUCAUUCCAAUUAAAAUAGUGA